GCGGUGGGCGGGGCCGAGGAGGUGAAAGGCUAAAAAGCGGCGGGAAGCAAAGGGGCUUCCAGGUCGGUGCUGCACCGGAGAGGCUGCGGUGGUUGUGGGUUCGAAUCCCCGCUUGGAAAGGUAAAGAGACCUGAACUCGGGUCAAGAGCUCCAGAUCUCGAAACGGGAACUUGCCCCAACUGUCUGGUACUGUAUUUCUAUAGGAAAUAAUUACGGAUUCAAUCACAGACACAAUUGUAUGUUUUAAUUCUGCUUUUUAAAAAAAAUUAAAAGUUUAUUUUAGACUGUCUCUUUGUUUUUUGCUGGUUUAAAUGAGUUUGCCUGCUGUUGUAAGUUGCUUUGAGAUUAUUUUGCUUAAAAAACAGUGACUAAUAAAUUUAAUUAACAAUAAUGGUUAAAUGCCAUUCUCCCAGACUGAACGUUUUCUCAGUUUAUCUUUAGCACUGCAGCCUUUGAGGGGCUUGUAAACGCCAGUAAAAAAAUUAUAAAGUUACUGCUAACCUGGAUUACACCUUAGUGGGUGAAAUCUAAACCAGUAAGACCAUAAACUCACAGUAGCAGCUAACACAUAUAUUUAUAUGUAUAUAUUGAAGCAUAGUGAACAACGCAAGAAUGCAGGAGAAAGAUGAAUAGAAACGUCUUAGCAAGCAGUUGUUUAGAUCAUAUUUUGUUCACAGGACACUCUCUCCCCACUACAUCCCUCUUCCCUCAUGAAAUUGUCAUUGUUUUUUCUAAAAAUUCACCCCUGGACCUGUUCUCCUAGGUUUACCAUGUUGUGUCAUGUCAGAAUGUAGGAAAUUACAGUAGGAAAUAAACAACUAUUUGACUUUUAGAAGAUAUCUGAAAGGAGCCCUGUAUAGGGAAGUUUUUUAUGUUUGAUGUAGUAUUUUUAAUGUUUGAUGUAGUAUUAUAAUUGCUGCAAGCAAUAAUAAUAAAAAUAGCUCCCUUUGCUGAGCUAAAAUAAUAAUAAUAGCUAACAGGCAGUAUCUGGUUUUGCCAAUGGGGUUGUCCAGUAUUUUUUUUACCUCUUAUAACACUGUCCUUUUUUUCUAUUUCGCAGACUUCCAUGCUGUGUUUGUGUAGCUAGUUUUGCAAAAAUGUCGGUAAAUCCCAUGGCCUAUGAGGCCCAGUUCUUCGGCUUUACUCCUCAAACGUUCAUGUUGCGGAUAUAUGUAGCCUUCCAGGACCACCUUGCUCACAUAAUGCUUGUGGUGGAGGACACGAUUCUGAAUAAAUUGGAGUGCAUCUGUCCCAAUAAGCUCACGCCUUCCCUAAUCCGGAGGAGCACAGAGCAGUUCUUCUCUUUAAUGAAGAAGAUUUUCAACAACCUCUUUGGCAAAAUGGAAGACACCCUUCUGAAAACGGUGUUGAGCAUCCCCCCAAAUGUUUUGCUUCCGGAAGACAAAGGCCAAGAGGAAUUCCGUUACACUCCAGAACAGUUUCAAGAGCUCCAGGAUGAGAUUGACCAGCUGGAACGACAACUCAAGGCCGAAAGCGCAGCUGAACAGGCUCUUCUAGCGGAGCUGGAAGAGCAAAAGCUUGUCCAAGCGCACCUUGAAGGGAUCCUCCAGUGGUUUGAUGGCCUUGAAAACGUAGGCAGAGAAGAGGGGGUCGGCAACCUGAAAGAAAGCUUUUCCGCCUUGACAAAAACAACUGUCAAACUCCAGAGUGUCGUGCGGGAGGUGGAAGAGAAAAUGAACAAGCUGAAGAAGUGAUUGUGUAAAGGUGGGGAUGGAGAACCUUCAAAUGUUCUUGAACUCUAUCGCUCCCAUCAGACCCAGCAUAGCCAAUGGUCUGGUGGAGCUUGUAGUCCAGUCACAUAUUCCUCACCUCUAGUAGCAAAUAAAAUGGGAUCCAUUGGAUCAGUGUUGCUGUUCUGCCUUAAAAAUAUGGCAAUAAGCUUUUUGCAUCUGCAGAUGGCCUCGUGGUCCCACUCGCUAGCUCUUGGUCAAAACUGGGCAGCUACUCUCGUGACACAUCUAUUCUCACCCACCCACCUCUAAUGAAGAGCUCUGCGAUAGGAGCAACCCUGCCAUGGACACUACUCCCCAAUAUAUUGCAGGACCUCUUCUGGGGAGGAAUUGUUCCUUCAGGCAGCUGGAAUCUACAGGGUGGCCCAAAAGUAGCUUAUACUGCUUUAGAAUCCACUUUCUUUCUUGACUGUUCUUUGAUUCAGCUGUAUACCUACUUCUGUAGCUCUACUUUUGGGCCACCUUGUAUGUAUGCAGAACUAUAUAAUUACACUCUUAACUCCGAAACUUUUAAGAAUGGGCACAUUUUUCUUUGUGUGCCUCCUGUCUUUCAGAUCCCUGCCCUCAUAGUUUAUCAUUUUACCUUGUUAUUUAUAAGCUGCUUCUUGGCUAGCGUAGGGUAAAAAUGUUUUCAGCUCUUAGCUGUGCCAAUACCUUUAUUUAGUUUCUCAAGUGUGCUUAUCAACAAUGUGCCUUCAAGUGAUGUGUGUUUCCCAGCAAUGCUUUGAACUGGGAAAUUGUUAAACUUGCAUUGCAAAAUUUCCAGUUUUAAAUAUAAAUAUUCCCUUGAGUAAGGUGUUUCAGGGGUUUGGUUUGGUUUACCGAAUACACAUAAGUAAACUAAUCACUUUGAAACAGCCAUGGCUGCCUGUAUUGUGUCAGUUUGUUGUUACUGAUGAACUUAUGUUUUCCAUUGAAAAAUAAACCCUGGAAGUUUUCAUUUUGGAAAACAUUCCACCCUGUAGCACUGCCCACCUUCAAGGACUGUUAGACAGUGGAACAGACUCCCAUGAGAGGUAGUGGGCUCUUCUUCUUUAGAGGUUUUUAAGCAGAGGUUGGGUGGC